CCAUUCACCAGUCAACAAACCUUCCACACUCGUGCACCUAGCUGCCACCAUGGCCCGUCUUCUCAGCGCCCUGAUCCUCAUCUCAGCCUUCGUCGUAGGUGCAGCAGCACAAUGUGCAACUCCCCUCCAGGCAUGCGACUUUUUCUUCAAGCCUCCACGUGGCAUGAAGCCGUUUGUCCCGACGUUCAAGUUACGGCCCUCCAAUAUGAACCUCAUGCUCAGCAAAACCUCUAUCAUGCACAAGUCGGGCGACGUCGUGCUAUCGGCGAGCAACAACAACGAAUACAACGGAUGCAUCAUGACGCCUAAACUGGACUGGCGCACGUGUGACAAGGUGUUUCUGUUCAAGGGAGCGGGCACCGGGCCCAUGUCGUACGUCAACACCAACCUUAUCGCCAUGUACCCCAUGACCGCCGACACCGUCCCCUUGUACAAGAACAGGUGCAUCGUUUUGCGAAUGGACAACACUCGCCUCGCCCGCACCGGCUAUCUCAAUAGCGGGGAUACCCGCGCUCGAUUCCCUGAGCACCGCCGCUGCAUUGCCUUCAAGACCGCUUGAUCGACUCGGGGAGGGGUUGGUGAGAGUUAGGGGGUUCUCAAUAAGUAACAGUAUCCUGUUCCGAUGAAAUUCGGAACUCAUACAUGCAGUAGUGUGGCUUCUCGUGGCGUAUCUACAUGCAGUGUUCGUUGAUGGUAGUUUGGCACAGCUUAUUGAUAUGCCAUAGCUUUGUAGACAUUCUUUUAGAAAUUCUAGUGCUAGCUUCCAU